AUGGAAUAUAGAAAUGGAGUUGAGAGUUUCUUACAUUUUGCAUUUGCUAAUGCAAACAUAAAUGGAAUGAUUUUAUGUCCUUGUACACGGUGUAAAAUUGGUAUAUUUGUUUCAAGAGAAAUUGCCUAUGAUCAUUUGACGGUCGAUGGUUUUAUCAAAGGUUAUACUCACUGGAUAGCUCAUGGAGAGAUAGCAUGUAGUGCAUCUAUAAACUCUACUUUUGUUCCAUCACAAAAGGAUGCAGAUGAUAUGCAUGGUUUAGUUUAUGAGACAUUUGGGAUGCCAGAGCAUAAUGAUAAUAUAAUUAGCACACCAGAAUUUGAAAAUGAUAAGGAGAUUCCAACUGAAGAGGCUGAGAAAUUCUAUAAAUUAAUUGAUGAUUCACAAAAAGAAUUAUAUCCAGGUUGCAAGAAAUUCUCAAAACUUGCAUUUAUUAUUCGUUUGCUUCACUUAAAGUGUCUUGGUAAAAUUACGAAUAAGAUUUUUGAUAUGCUUUUAGAUUUGUUGAGAGAAGCAUUUCCUAAUGCAAUGAAUGAUUUGCCUAAGUCAUACUAUGAAGCAGAGAAAUUGAUGAAGCAAUUAGGACUUGGUUAUGAAAAGAUUGAUGCUUGCCCUAAUGAUUGCACUUUGUUUUGGAGGUUGGAUAAAGAAAGAAUUCAAUGUAAAACAUGUAAUGAGCUCAGAUGGGAAGCAUCCGAAAAUGAUCCUACUGGUGAGAAGAGAAAAAUCUCACGUAAGGUUUUAUGGUAUUUUCCAAUAAAGCCUAGAUUACAACGUUUGGUCAUGUCAUCCAAAACAGCAUCCCAUAUGAGAUGGCAUUCUGAAUCCCGCACAAAGGAUGGUUACAUGCGACAUCCAGCUGACUCCCCAGCUUGGCAAACAUUUGACCAUAAGCACCCAGAAUUUGCAAAGGAUCCUAGAAAUAUAAGGCUUGGUUUAGCAUCAGAUGGAUUUAAUCCAUUCAAAAAUAUGAGUACAACACAUAGUACGUGGCCGGUUAUUUUAAUGCCAUAUAAUCUUCCACCAUGGAUGUGUAUGAAGCAACCAUACUUUAUGUUGUCGCUAUUGAUACCUGGCCCAACUGCUCUAGGAAAUAAUAUAGACAUCUACUUGCAACCACUUAUUGCAGAUUUGAAAGACUUAUGGGAGAUAGGAGUUCAAACAUAUGAUGCAUCAACUAAACAAAAUUUUCAAUUGCAUGCAGCAUUACUAUGGACAAUAAGUGAUUUCCCUGGAUAUGCCAUCUUAUCAGGAUGGAGUACUAAAGGACAACUUGCAUGCCCAGUGUGUCACAAGUUUACACAUUCACAAUGGUUAAAAAAUGGUGGAAAAUAUUGCUAUAUGGGUCAUCGUAAGUUUUUAAAUAGUGAUCAUGCAUUUCGGAAAAAUGCUCAAUUUUUUGAUGGCACAGAAGAAUAUGGAAAACCACCACCCAAACUAUCAGGAAGCAUGGUGAUAAAUGAGUUGAAAAAUUCUAAAUUUACAUUUGGGAAAACAAUUAAUGAUAAUUCAGUACUACCAUUCAAUUGGAAAAAAUUCAGUAUUUUCUUUGAGUUACCGUAUUGGAAAGAUAAUGUGAUACGUCACAAUCUUGACCUUAUGCAUAUUGAAAAGAAUGUAUGUGAAUCUAUUUGUGGGACAUUGUUGAAUAUGGAAGGAAAAACGAAAGAUAAUCUUAAAGCACGACUUGAUUUACAAGAAAUGGGGAUAAGAUCAUCACUUCAUCCUAUUGAGAAAGGACAAAAGAAAGUUUAUUUACCUCCAGCAUCUUUUUCAAUGGGAAAAAAAGAGAAGGCUACUGAAGUACAACUUGCCGGGCCAGUUCACUACCGUUGGAUGUAUCCAAUUGAAAGGUACUUGGGGACAUUGAAGUCUUAUGUUCGAAAUAGAAGUAGGCCGGAAGGAUCUAUUGCUGAAGGGUAUUUAGCUGAGGAAUGUUUGACCUUCUGCUCUUUAUAUUUAGCAGAUUAUGUAGAGACAAGAUUUAAUCAAUCAUCAAGAAAUGAUGAUAUAAAUAUUGAAUCAACAUUCUCAAUAGAUAUCUUUAACAUCUCUGGUUAUGCACUUGGAAAAGCCAUUGCAACUAAGUUUGAUACUGAGAUAUUAAAGAAGAUUGAAGAUGCAAAUCUUGUAGAAGAUGAUCCCGUGUCAAAUGAUUUGAGAUCAAUCGCCAGAGGCCCUAAUGUCAUUGGGAUACGAUAUGAAAAAUUUAUUUCAAAUGGAUUUAGGUUCCAUACAAAGGAAGUGGAGCGUAAGAGAAAAACUCAAAAUUGUGGUGUAACUGUUAGAGCAACUACUUCAAGUUAUUCAAGUGUAAAAGAUCAUAAUCCAGUAUUAAGUGAACUUGAUUAUUAUGGAAUUUUACAAAAUGUGAUUGAGUUAGAUUAUGGAGGAGGCCGAAAAGUUGUUUUAUUUGAAUGUGAGUGGGUCUCCAAAGGCAAACGAUUAAAAUUGGAUGAGGAUGGUUUUGUGUUGGCCAAUUUUAAAAAUGUUAGGCAUAAUAAUGAGCCUUAUAUUUUAGCAUCUCAGGCUAUGCAAGUAUUUUACGUGGAAGAUCCAAUUGAUUGUGAUUGGCAUGUUAUUAUCAUCACUGAUGCACGAGCGAAGUAUAAAAUGCAGCCUAUGGCAGAUGUUGAUACAUAUCUUCAAAGUUAUAUGUGUAAUUCUGAAGACUGCAAUGAACAUGAAGAAGUGGUUUGGGUUCGUGAUGAUAUUGCAGGAGUGGAAAUUGAUAAUGAUUUAUAA